AGAGAGAGAGUGGAGGUUCUGUCCUCCUGGCGAUGUUGUUGUUGAAGGUUUUGAUGGUUCGGGUCUGUCCUCCCUCAGCAGAAGUAGCAGAAACUUUGUUUUGCGUGUAGAUAACGGGUCGAGCGGUUCUGCUUUUAGGUAGAACAUGAGGGAGCAAGCCAGAAUGUGCUGAGUGUUUGAAGGAAGUCAUUCAGACCCUACCCUCCAUUAGAGGGAAGGAUCUAGUGCACGCUCCAUACAAUCCCCCCAAGGGACAGGGCUCCAGCCUCCCCCAUCACAGCAGCACUUUGGAGCGUCCUGUGUAGACAUGGCGUCCUCCGACUGGCAUUUGUCUCUGAAACUGACGGACCAGCCCAAAUCCACCUUUCACUUCCCGGAGAUGAUGCCAGGAGAUGUCCCACCUGGAGGAUACAGAGUCGCUACCCUGAAGCAGCUUGUAGCAGCGCAGCUACCAGACUCCAUCCCAGACCCUGAACUCAUAGAGCUGGUCCACUGUGGACGCAGGCUGAAAGACGACCUGACAUUGGAUGCUUGUGGGGUCCAGCCAGGAUCCACAGUACAUAUUCUAAAGAAGACCUGGCCAGAGCCGGAGAGCAGUCCAGAGCCGGUGAACAGGGUGACUGCAGCCAGAGAGUUCAGGGUGUUCCACGCCGCUCUGCAUUCGCUCAAUUCAGCCUACAGAGACGCAGUAUAUAAAAUGCUAACAAACAAGGAGUCUCUGGAUCAGAUCAUCGUAGCCACACCAGGCCUCAGGUCAGACCCCGUUGCUUUAGGAGUGCUGCAGGAUAAAGAUCUCUUUGUGCAGUUCACAGACCCAAACAUGCUGGAAGUGUUAAUCAGUUCUCACCCGGCGCUGGUCAACGCCAUCAUCCUGGUCCUGCAUUCAGUUGCAGGAAGCAUGCCGACCCAGUCCAGUGCCAGCUCAUCCCGCUCUGCCAGCUCUUACAGUGAGAUGCCAGGAGGCUUCAUGUUUGAAGGCAUGUCGGACGACGAGGAAGAAUUCCAGUCUGGCAGCCCAGCAGGCCCCUCCAGCAGAGGCGGGCUCUCUGCAGGAAUUCGUCCGGUGUCUCUGGGCCACAGCGGAGCGGCCGGCCCGCGACCUAUCACGCAAAGUGAACUGGCGACUGCUCUGGCGCUCGCCAGCACUCCAGACAGCAGUGCGGUCACUCCCACGACAGCCAACCAGGCGGACCCCUCUGGUAGCAUGGCCCCCAUGCCGGCCGGGACACCAGUCAGUAAUGAUCUGUUCAGUCAGGCUCUGCAGCAAGCUCUGCAGGCCUCCAACGUCCCCGCUCUGCAGGGCCGAUGGCAGUCCCAGAUGCAGCAGCUCCGGGACAUGGGCAUCCAAGAUGAGGAGCUGAUGCUGAGGGCGCUGCAGGCCACAGACGGAGACAUCCAGGCCGCCCUGGAGCUCAUUUUUGCUGGUGGCGCCGGACUUUGAAACCGAACCCCCACAGACCAAACUUUCUGGAGAGGACACAAUGCAGCUUUCAUCUGGUCUCAACGAGUUCAAACAACUUUCUGUAUUUUACUAUUAAAGUGAAUUUUUGAAAAGUAAAUGUUUGAAUAAUCAA